UUCCAGAGUUUUCUUCACGCCUCGUCCCCGUCAAGAAACUCCAAAUUUUCACAUUUUCCCCUUUCCCGGCAGAUUGUCAGCAACCAAAAGGAAAAUGUCAGACUACCUUCCCUUCGAUCUCGUCACCAACAUUCUCCUCCGGCUGCCGGUGGCCGCGAUUCUGCGCUGCCGCGGCGUCUGCAAACCCUGGCUGUCUCUGAUCGACAGCCCAAGGUUCGCGAAGCUUCAAAUGGACUACUCCGCCGCCACCACCAAAAACGCCGCCCUCUUCAUCCUCGAAGACGACGGGUACGAGAACGGCGACCUACACUUCGCCCCUUACAUCGACGGCAUCCGCCGCGAAACCUGUCUCGACUUCCGUAGCAACCCGUCUUCUUCGGCCCAAGUUGGCGUCAAAAUUCCACGGGAGUGCGUAACCCUAUUCGGCUCCUGCAACGGGCUUCUCUGCUUCGGCCUCGGCUUCGAGAACGCCAUCAUUACGAAUCCAGCGACGCGGAGGUCUCAUGUCACGCCUGCCAUAACGAAUCUGCUGAGUUUCGGAAGCAAAGGGGACUGCAUUUAUCGCUACGGCUGCGGAUUCGGGUACGAUUCCGUGUCUGGGGACUACAAGGUCGUCAAGGUAAACCAAGUGCUCGAAUCUGCAGAAAUUGAAAUUAGUUUCCAUUCAGAACUGGUUAGUUAUGGGGUUAGGUCCAAUUCUAGUGUGUCAAUGACAUUCCCUUAUUACCUAGCUUCUGCGGAGAAACUGGGCGUGUUCGUGGGUGGGGCGAUUCAUUGGCUAGUUCACAAGGAUCCUGAUAUACGCAAUGUGAUUGUUGGUUUCGAUUUAGGGCGUAGCGAAUGUAGGGAAGUCCCACAGCCAGAGUAUAGACAUGGGGAAUCCUUGAGCGUGAGAAUUGGCGAGCUGGGGAAGUGUCUGUGCAUCUUUGCGAACUAUUGGGACAAGGGGGUCGAUAUCUGGAUGAUGAAAGAGUAUGGUGUCAAGGAGUCAUGGAGUGUGAUGCUCUCUGUUCCACAUCCCGGGUUGUGCUACGAUGAUGGGAUUCGAUCACUCGGAUUCUCCAGGACCGGUCAGGAGAUUCUUCUCCAGUUGGAUUACAAGAGGCUUGUGUGGUAUGACCUGAAGAAGAAGAAUCCUCAGAAGGAUGCUGCUGAGGAGAUCACCAUCCAUGGGUUGGAGAAGAAGUUCAUGGAAGCCAUUGUUUGCAUUGGAAGCCUGGUUUCGCCCGAUGGCAAGUUUCCUUCCGAUGAAGUGGAAGUUGACAAGCAGCAACAGAAACCAAGGCUGCAGAAGAAGGAGAAGAAGAGGGAUGAUUUCUUGUCUACUGGGUUUAAGCUGAAGCUGUAGUCCUCUGACAGCCAUGGUAGGCUAUGAAUUUUGACAGGUGCAUAGUAGAUGAUAUAUAGAGUUAGUGUAGAAGACGAAGAAAAUGAAGUUGGCGGGUAGGAUGAUGCAGAGUAAUGGAGCAGUGAUGGUGGGUAGCAAGUGGCUGGCCGUUUUCAAUUUGUUUCCCAGAUUGCACUAAGUAGGGCAAGUAGUUAUUACUAUACGAAUGUAACUGAGUGAUUAACGUUUCUCUUCAUUCGUAGAAGCAUAGUGGUCAGAUUUGAUGAUGCCAGAACAAGUAUAUUACGCAAUGUUUUUCUGGUGGGACUGCUGUUCAUUCAUUAGAAGUUACGACUUACUUGAGACAUACCAUAAGAUUAGUU